AUGCAGCGUAACAAGACACCUACCAAAUAUCUUUGCGAUUACUGCAACAUGGAGUUUACCACGAAACAUCUUCGUGAUGGACAUCUGGUUAGUCACUUCGACCAUAUUAUCGGGGAUGUUUGGGAGCGUGUUGAACAGAUGCAGAGCCAGUUUACCGACCAACGGUUAGUCAAUCAAUGUCCGAUAUGUUUUCACGUCAUGGGCAGCAGGAAGAGCUUCAAAAUGCAUAUCAUUCAGAAACAUCUGAUGAAGAAUCCGGAAACCUUCAUGGGUGAAUUUGCCUUCUAUCUUUCUGCAGUUUUGGCCUUCCAUGAAUGCGGAUAUUUUAGAUAUCCUCAAUAG